GUAUGGAAUCCAAAGUUGACAUGUGCUGCAGGCAGGGGGUGCAGCAGAGUAUCAGUCAGGGAAGGAGUUAAAGAAAGUAACGAAGUACAGUGUAGCUGGAUAUUUUCAUCGUGACCAAGUCUGGAUUCAGUAGUUGUGGUAACGAAAGGGAAAGAAGUGUAAAGGACGCAAUCUUCAGACAGGUGAAAAGGGAGACACGGGAUAUUACAGACGGAGCAGUUGUAAACUUCGCCAUAAAGUGAAGAGAACAGCUGCUGCUCGGCGGGGAGAAGAGCUGCUGCUCUUAUUGUUUGUCCUACUGUUGGUCAUCGCCACCCGGCAGGAACUGACCACGUCAGGCAAAGUGUAUUCUUUUGGAUUGAACUUUUACGAGUCAGACGUUGGAUCGAAAAGUGGGAAAGGAAACUACAUUGCCCUUUAUUGGGUUAUCAGUUUGGAUUUGACUAGAACUCUACGCCAUUCGUGACGGAAGCAUUGUAAAUAAUUUGUUUUAGAGUCCACAUCAUUUGUCGACCUGGUUUGGGGUUACAGAAGAAGUCUGAGACCCGUGUGAGUAAAAGGUAGUAAAACACGGAGGCUGAGUCUCAGACGGGACUUGUCACACUGAGUUUUUUUCUUACCACGAACAGCAGCGAGGCAGCCGGUAGUGAUCUUUACGUAAAGAUUUCUUCAUUACAGACUGGAAUCUUGGUUCCCACCUUCGGAGGAGACAUUAUGAAACUUGUAGAAGGUUGCAUUUUAUCUACCAAAGUCUGUAUCAUGAAGUAAAGGGAAAGACGUGGCUGCAGAGGGAGGCAAAGAGAUGGCAUAACUUCUGCACCAUAAAUACAGGACAAAGGAAAUCAGAGAACUUGUCCUCUUUGCCAAAGAGCAUUCUGCAAAACCGAAAAACUGCUCCCAGAUGAGGAAGAUCAGAAGAGGUGUUAGAAAUAUGAAGGGGAUGGAAGAAGAAUGGCUGUGUUGUGCUUUGGCAUUUCUCUCUGACUGACUGACUUUGGUUUUAUUAAAAUUGCAGAGGUUGCAUUUAGAAUUACCUUUUUGGGGGGGAGGGGGGAGGAUUUAUUCUUCCACGCUAAUCUAUACAAAAGGUGCCAGUACAUAGUUCAAGUAUCUAAGCACUUGCUGCUGUUGCUUACCAUUAAGUUUAUAAAAUAUUAUUUAUUAUUUUUUUUAAUUAUAAAUAUCAGAAUUUUAUUAGCAAUUUAUACACACACACACACACAUAUAUAUUCAAAAAAUUUUAUGUGCCUUCAUGCGGGUUCUCCAUGUGCAAGGAACAUGUUACAGACUGAAAUGUGAACAAGGAUACCCUGUAAAGGAAUACAUUUUGCAGUUCCCUGGCUUUUGCUCACUAGACAUAACUGUUGGAUGUGCUGAUGGGGAAGGAGCAGGAACUUGUAUUGGCUGUGAAAAAUGGGGACGUGGCAUCCACACAAAAGCUGCUGGCUAAGGUCAAAACAUCCAAGAGCAAAUUGCUGGGCUCCACCAAGAGGUUUAAUGUCAAUUAUCAGGAUUCUGAUGGGUUCUCAGCUCUGCACCAUGCUGCCCUCAGUGGCAACUCUGAACUCAUCUCCUUGCUGCUGGAAGCACAAGCUACAGUUGAUAUUAAAGAUAGCAAUGGAAUGAGACCACUUCAUUAUGCAGCUUGGCAAGGUAAACCAGAGCCAGUUCGCCUACUGCUUCGAGGAGGCGCAUCUGUAAACAUGAUAUCCCUGGAUGGACAAAUCCCACUUCAUCUCUCUGCUCAGUAUGGACAUUAUGAAGUGUCUGAGAUGUUGCUUCAGCACCAGUCAAACCCCUGUAUUAUCAACAAGUCAAAGAAAACCCCACUGGACCUGGCUUGUGAAUUUGGAAGACUGAAGGUAGCGCAGCUUCUCCUAAACAGCAAUGUGUGUGUUGCCUUGCUUGAGGGACAGUCCAAAGAUGGCAGUGAUAUUAACUUUACCACACCCCUACACCUAGCAGCCAGGAAUGGCCACAAAGAAGUCAUAAGGCUGCUUCUAAAGGCUGGGAUUGAUAUCAACAAGCAAGGCAAAACUGGUACUGCAUUACAUGAAGCGGCACUUUAUGGGAAGACUGAAGUUGUACGCUUACUUCUGGAGGCUGGAGUUGACGUGAACAUCAGGAAUACCUACAAUCAGACAGCACUGGAUAUUGUAAACCAGUUUACCACCACCCAGGCUAGUAAGGAAAUCAAGCAGUUGCUGAGAGAGGCUUCAGGGAUUGUGCAGGUUCGAGCCCUAAAGGAUUACUGGAAUGUCCAUGACCCUACUGCCCUUAAUGUCAGAGCUGGUGAUGUCAUCACGGUUCUUGAGCAACAUCCAGAUGGCAGGUGGAAAGGUCACAUUCAUGACACUCAGAAGGGUACUGACCGAGUCGGCUAUUUCCCACCAUCGAUUGUAGAGGUUAUCAGUAGGAGGACAGGGGGCACACUUUCACGUCAUGCUUCAGUGCCAACACACCAGAGGCAACAUCUGACAAAAUACCACCAUGCUGGGGGCAUGGUGCCAGCGCAGACAGAUGACUCAUACCUUCUGUAUCAUCAGCUUCCGUUACAACAACCAAACCCUCACCCUGCCUUCACCCAUGUGACUCUGAGCAGAUCGAACACUGUGACUGAUUCCUCAGGUGACAGAAACAGUGUUGGGAGCACAGGCAGUGUAGGCAGCAGUCGCAGUGCUGGAAGUGGACAGAGUGCAGAUACCUCAAAUGGACAGUCCACAGGAAAUCUCAUAGAAAAUGGCAAGCCAGUACUCCUUGGUGGGGAACAGCAGUGCAUUCCAGGAUCUGACAAACCUUAUGAUCCACCAUUUGGAGGACUGAGUCAUUCAGUUUUGAUAAACUGCAAACCUGUUGAACAGGGCUAUUCCCAACAUAUUAUUUGCCCGGAGAGUAUAGAUGGAAAGGAUGCAGAAGCCAUUUACAACUGGUUACAGGAGUUUCAGCUGCAGUGUUAUACACCCAAUUUCAUCAAUGCUGGUUAUGAUGUGGUCACUAUUAGUCGCAUGACUCCCGAGGACUUAACUGCCAUUGGAGUAACAAAGCCAGGGCAUCGGAAGAAGAUCUCUACUGAAAUUGGCAAGCUCAGUAUUCCAGACUGGCUACUAGACUACAAACCAGCUAGCUUAGCAGAAUGGUUAAAUGCCAUUGGAAUGUCUCAGUACCACAAGAAACUGUCUGAGAAUGGGUAUGACACUGUGGACCUUGUUUCAGAGCUCACAUGGGAAGACCUCCAGGAAAUUGGCAUCACAAAGCUGGGUCACCAGAAGAAGAUGAUGCUGGCUGUAAAGAAGUUGAAUGACAUUCAAAAACUGUUGAACCAGGCAGAAAUGGAAGCAAAAACACAACAGAAUGCUCUUGGAGACCUACAGAUUGUAACAAUUGAGACCACUGAGAAUGGGGAGUGUCAGUCUCCAUUGUUACCGAAGAUGCUAACUUUUCAGGACAGUGACUUGAGUACUGAAUUACAGACUGCAAUGUCAAAUUCCUACAACACCUGCCAAGACAAUCUUAGCAUCAUGACAGCCCAUGCAAUUUCUCGAAGUCAGGAAAGUAUUGGAGUCCGUUCAAGGGGUUCUGGAAAUUCUCAAGAAAAUGCCUUUUCUGGGGGAACUUCUACUAGUCAUUCCCAAGAGAGCCUGGGCAGUGGUGACAGCAGCAGCGGCAGCAGUGGAAGAACAUCAGUGUUUCCAAAGGCAAAGGACAACCUGAUGCUACCGUUUGUUCCACCGUGCCUGGAUGUUCAUGGGAAAUUGGUUCCUCAGUCUGGUUCUAAUGAAGGAAAGAAUGAGCAAGUACUGGGGAUGAAUGGCAGUCCUGUGAGGGAUAGAAGCAUUCCAGAAGGGAGAGAUCAUAGCCAGCAACCUUCAGUUCAGAUGGGGGUCCCUUCACUGAAGCCAGGCCCUUUCCAGUUGUCAUCCAGUUCAGCAGUAUUCACACCUCCACAAACACCAAACAAAGGGGCAUCCCCUUCAUUUAUGUAUCCCCAGUUGUCACUGAAAACAAAAGCCAGUCCUCUCCUUUCUUUGUCAGAAAAGUGUAAAGCUCCUUUGCACCCAUACGGCCAUGUGCCUCAGUCUUCAGUUGCUAUGCCUUCAUCGGCUCAGAAGACAUUCACUUAUCUUCAUUCUCGUUGUGGAACAACUGAAACCAUUCCUGCACUAAUGGAUAAAAACAGCCCGUCAAAACCUGCCAGCCUGCUUGGUGCCAUGCGUGCUUUAGGCCAGCUUGGCCAUGAGGUAAAUGGAGACUUAAACAAACCUAAAAAGCGAGCUCACAGCUUAAACCGUUAUGCACUGUCUGAUGGAGAACACGAAGAGGAGGAGGUAUCACUAAGCAACUUGGGCUCAUAUGCUACUCUCACUCGCCGGCCUGGACGAAGUUCAGUAAUGCAGACUCGACAACCAUUUGAUAGGAAUGUACAUCGCAGUCACUCUUUUGCAGUACGUGCCAAAAAGAAAGGGCCACCACCACCACCACCCAAGCGUCUUAGUUCUGCAGUCAGUUCUCAGACUACAGAAACUUCUGGUGAAAAGCCAGUAGAUUCCAGCCUUGUUCCAGGUGAUGAGCUCCCCAUACAGCCCACUAAACCUUCUGGCACUAGCAGCACUGGAACAGUGAAGAGCUUGGCUGCCAUGUUGGAGGUAUCAGUAAGUGGAGGAAGUCCUGUGAAAAUUGCUCGAUUGCAGAAGUCAGUAAAGUCUGAGAAAGGGACACUUUCCACAUUUGCAAAAGAGGAGGAGCCAGUAAGUCUGGCAGAUUCAGAGCUUCCCAUUCCAGCAGAAGCCUCUGCUAUGGAUAAACUAGUGUCUACAGAAAAAAAGUUUAACACAAAAGAAGAGGGAGGCAAUAGGAAACGAACAUUAAGUGAACCUGGAGCCCUAAAAAUUGACCUGUUGGAAGCUAAACUUGGAGGCAUUACACUUGAAGUUGACAGUAAAGGGACCAUAAUUAAAGAAGAUCUUGAUACUUCAUCAUCAUCCUCUCAGAAUAGUUCCAGUGAGUGCAUUCCAUUUGCUGAGGAAGGCAACUUGACUAUUAAGCAGCGACCUAAGCCAAAUGGAGGCCUUAAGUCAGGUGCCAUAGCAGAUUCAGUGUCUGAUGCCACAAAUGAAUUAAGUGUAGCAGAAGAUGAAAAGGACAGGAACAUGCAUGGUACCUCCUCUGCAAAGGAGUUAGACGUGCCAGAGUUUAAUUUAACAGAGUCUGAUACAGUUAAACGAAGGCCGAAGAUCAAGGAUCAGCAACAGAUUCCAGUGCCAUCUCAAUCCCCCAUUUCUCAACCACAGAUCUCACUGCUUCAUGUGCCUCGCUAUGCAGAAUCUCAGUCAGUGCACAUAGUCAGUGAAAUGAUGGAGUCUAUAAGUCUAUCGUCUGGUGCAAAGCAUGAUUUUGAGGACGACGAUGUGGAAUUGAGGAUUGCAGAAAUUGAAAAGAGCAUUCAGUCCCUUGAAAAGGGGGUCAAGGCUCCCUUCAAGCCUUCAGUUUCUCCAAAGGCAGACAGGUCUGAAGCCCUGGCAGUACAAACCAAGACAGGGCCUCCAGUGAGCGGCAGAGGGCAUACACUGCUCAAGCCUGAGAUUAAAGAUAUGUGCAUGAAGCAGCCCUAUCAAGUUACUGUGAAUGCUUCCACUGCUCAAGAUGGAUUAGCUAACCGGCUGCAGCAGUCACUGCCCCUUGGCAUAGUAGGUGGCAGUGUUUCUUUUCCAGCAGUGCAAACAGAAAGGACAGGAACUGCUUGGAUCACUGAGUCAUGUAGGUCUUUCAAACCUUGCAGUCAACAGUUUAGCUCACCUGUAAGUUCAGCUUCAGAAGUCCUGGUGCCACCGAAGGCAGCAGUUCAAACCCAAGUUCAAGUUCAACAGCGGUUAGAACAAACCAGCACAUCCCUUGAGGCUGCACUUAAAGACGUAGAGAAGAAAUUGAACCAAGAGGAUAUCCAAGCUAGCAACAGUUCCAGUGUUUUGAAAGCCACAGGAAACAUCCUUGAUGACAUAGAGAACAUGUUUGAUGAUCUUGCAGAUCAGCUGGGUGCCAUGCUAGACCAAGAGUGAACUGCUAUUGGCCAGUCAUCUGUUCCAAGCUACAGGGCAAGCCCUGUGGAUACCGAAAUUUUCCAAAAGAAGGGAACUAUGAGCUUUUGUUGCUACCCCUUUUAUGUUGUGCAUGAUCAUUGCUGUCUGUCUACCAGAGCUGAAGCUGUACCAGCACUUUAUCUGCAACUCAGUGCCUGAAAAGUUAGUUGUUAGGGAUUCAUUUCACAAUGGCUCAAAAAAAGGACAUGUUAAAUACAAGAGCAGAGUGUUGCCUGUACCUGCACAUAUGUUCAUUGCAAAGCAAUGUGGAAACUAGCUUUUUUUGGUCAGUUGUGUAACCCUUUUCAUUCCACAAAACAAAGGCUUCUAGGAGUGGUAAUUUGAAGUAACCUGUAGUCACAACUUCAGACAGUCUCCUCUUCUUUCAUAUGGUUGUACCAGCUGAUUCUAAGCAUCUUAAACAGUUCAAGUUAUUACUGUAGGGAAAAAAAGGCACACAUUUCUUUUGAGUUGGUGUUGUAGCAGUUAAAAGCAUAUUCUUAACUGUAGCUUGAUGAUACUAACCUAAUUAACCUUACAAUGGGGCUUAUUCACCUUUUCACAUACCUGUUCGGGGUUAAGUUGGUAUAAAAACAGGAGAAUGGUCAUAUGCAUUAUACGUUUGUAUGCCUUUAAGGCACUGCCAUUAACUUACUUUAAAAAAAAGUAAUUUUUCAUUAUUUUUCCUCGUAAACCAUAGUAGUUCAACCAUGCAACAUCUCUGAGGUACAACUAAAAAUUGGUGUAUUUGGCAUAAGGAUGAAAAUGUCACUCUUCUUGAGUUUCAGUUUAGAACAGCAAAAGGUUAAAUCAAGCAAGCAAGUAAACAGUUUUUGCAGCUCAAGGGUUGCUGUAAGUCAGAGGAAAGCAUGUACAAUCUAUACCUUACAAAAUGCUGCUUUAUCACAUUUUAAUUUCAAGUUGAUCUUUUUGAAAUGUGAUGACCUGGAAGCGACUGAAUGCUAUAAAGCAAACAUGUUAACUCCAUGGCAAUGCAAAUCAAAGUGUACGUUGUUAUGAAUUCUGCUAAAGAACUUCUUUGGGUGUGAUGGCAGACAAAUUGAUGGUCUAAUGGGAGGUUUUAAUUACAGGUGACUUUUUGCAUUUACUGGCUAGGUUAGUUUGACUUGAACUGGUUAAUCUCCUUACCCAGUAGUGCAAAAGGAACUUACUUCUCAAAAUUUUUUUUAAUUCUCAAACUUGUCCAUGCUGCAUAUGUACAUUUCCUGAUGGUCAGAAGUUGCGGCAUUGUAUAUGUGCAUAAACUCAUAAAUCACCAGAUUAAGCUACAUGUUGGGCUACUAUGUAAAAUGAGAGCAUGUGCCUAUUAGUGCUCAUCUGCUGUGAUUAUUGAAAUAUAGCAUCAUCUGGUGUGGUAGAGCCAUUGAUCAUGUGACACUUGCUUUGGUAACCUGUGCAAUGGCCAGUACAAAAAGGUCAGGAAGUGUCCUUAGUUUUUAUUGAGAAAAAAGGCAGUUUGUUACAAACUAAUCCUUUUUAUAAAGGUUAAUGCACACACUCAGUGCAAGAAAAUAGCUGUGGUUUGUAAAAAUUCAAGCUGAAGUAACCCUAAAAGUAGUGAUAUGCUUUUAUGCAGACACAAUUAUGUACUGUUGCAAAAGGGGUUUCUGAUGACCAAAAGUCGUCACUAAGUGCAAGUGCACAGUGGAUAAAUUGCUUACAGAUACCACCCACGGAGGUACACAGGAUUUCCCUUGUCACAUUCAGUAAUUCAGCACUUUACAGCCUACUAAACCCAAGUCCAGGGGGUGACUAAAUCUGUAAAGCAUAGAUUGUUAUGAACCACUAUGUAAGAAUACUGUUCCUGUUAAAUAAAUUAGGCUGUUCGUUAGAUUUAGAAUUAGUCAUGUCACAAAUCACCAGAAUGAGAAAUGAAGGAAGGGAGUCUGUAGUAAAAGAUGCAGAUUGCUUAGUACACUGGAAGUGUCAUCAUGGUAACAUUUCUAGUUUAAACAUGCAUACUCUUUUUGUCAUAGAAAAAUUUGCAUUACACAGACUUUAACUGGGCAGCAUAAAUGUAGUGUAUUUUUAAAAUGAGCUACCUUGCAUUCUGGAUGCUUUUACUUGCUACAGAUAUAAAUCUUGGAAAUGAGGGUGACAGAAAAAUAACCUCACUGCCAUGAGACAAUUUGAGAAGACACCCGCAGUAUAGGUGACUGAGUUUUGCAACAGAGAAAAAAAAAGGAAUCUGAAAAUUGAGGCCGCAUAUGAUGGUACUGGCAUAUUUAGGUGAUGUGGUGCUGAGUGAUGCCACCUGAUUAGCAGCGAGCACAACUUCAGUGAUACAAAUCUAAGGCCUAUUGCUGUGGCCACAGAAGUUAUAAGGCUGCUAAUGAGGACACCAGUUUCAUGAAACAUAAGCAAGGUCUGACCAUUUAAUGGAACAAAUGUUCUCAUAACUGCAGUUUUACAUCAUAUACUUGAGAAAUGCAGAUAAAUCAUUGAUGAAAAUGGCACCAUUUGGUCAACAGUAUUACCAGUAUCAAGACUUUAGCCUUCAAUAGAAAUAUUUCAUUCUGAAAUACAUGCUUAGUCCCAUGAUCUGUAUUAGCAAGUGGUCUGGCUUGGAUAUGGUUUUCUGAUAUUAAAAAUGCUUAGAUUAGUGCAGGCGGUUCUUUGUUUGCACUGUGUGUAAUGGAAUGUUCUGUAAAGCACAAGUUUAUAGAUAUAUUGUAUAGCAUUUCUCAAGUUGUAUUUUAUUUUUAUUAUUUUUUUAGGCAUUAAGGUCAGCUUUAAACAAAACAGGUGUCACAUCUUCCACUUUAAUGCUUUAUGCAUCAUCUUUGCUUUUUGACUGAUUACUUUUUAAUUUUUUGUAAUUAGCAGAAAUAGUAAUACAUUCUCUUAUUUUUCAUUUUUACUUAAAAAGUAAAUGGUGUUGUGACAUACACUACAAAAUAAAUGUAACGUGUAUAAAAUUUAUAAAUGAAAUUUGAUAUAAACACAUUCCUAAUGUGUUCAGUGUGUUUGAUAUCAACAGAAUGUCACAGAGAUGAUUAAAACAUGACAAACACAACCACAUUUAUUAAGUCAUUUUUUUAACAUUUUACUGUAACUGUAUGAACUACACAGAUUACUCUGUGUCAUAACUGUCUUCUUGUGACAUCAGAUUUUAGUUUUGUUGUGCAUGUGAGACAUAAUGGGCACUGCCCCUGUUUUAAUACAGAUGUCCUCGUAAAGACUGAGGCUAAAGUAAGUUACCUAAAUAUAUGUUCUUCCUGUUAAUGUAUAGUGUGAAGCAGUUUACUUCUCAACGUAUCACAUUAUAAUGAUGAUCAACAGUUUAUUUUUGACUAAAAAGGUAACCAAGCAAGUGGACUUUAAGAUAAAGUAUAGUGAAUACACAUUCUGCUUGCGCUAUCUUUGAAAGAGAUAUGACAAAGACGACAGCCCAUUCUGGGUAAACAAAUCUUAUUGUAUUAGGGUUGCUUUCUCUAUCUUUAAUAUACGCAGCGUAAAUUUACAAGAUGGAGCUUUUAAAGCUGUCUACUGAUUGUAACUCUCUUUUUCCCCCCAACAUUUAAGAGUCAGUUUGAUUGUGAUGAUCUUGAUUAUAUCACCUUUUCUUUACUCUUACUGUUCUAGACGUCUAAUUUGCUUCUAAGAACCAUUUCAGAUGUAUGAUGCCAUGUGAUCCCUCUGUGUUCCCUUGUUAGGGGAUAACUUAUCUUGAUUCCAGAAUUCUUUGUGGGACAGGACAUUUUAAUAACAUCAAAAUGUAAAUGCUAGAGGAAUUUCUCACUUUACUAGGAACUCGAUGUCUGUAACAGUGACAGCUUCUGUACCGGCACUUUGCUUUUGUGAGGAAAAUGAAUUGAAGCUUUAGUGCAGUAUCUCUGAAGAUGUUGCUGUGCAGGGAGAGAUCACUGUGGAUGCUGCUUUCUGACUAGUUCAGUGUUCUGCUAGGAGUUCAUUAGCUUUCGUACAAGUUUAUGGCAACAAUAGUAAUGAUACCGCUGAGAUAAAAUCUUCUUGCUCGGUUUGGUAGUAUGCAAUGCAUAUGUAAACACUAUGACUGCAACUGCUGGCACUUUUUGUAGAACUUAUGAGGGAAGAUUAACAUGCAGACUGACUAGAGAAAGAUUGUGUGGUGUUUCAAGUUUGUAUAUUUAUGUUAUCCAUGUAAAUUAUUUGUUAUGCCUUGUAAAGAUGCCAUGUGCUGAAUGUUUUUCCCCUUGGAAUUUCACUCUCUGGUAAGUGUGGUUAUUGGGAACACUGAUCAUUGUUCUUGCUCCAGCUUUGAUGACAUAUAUUAAGAUGAAUUGCCACUGUAUAAUUUAUUGUCACUGCAUCAGGGAGCAAACAUUGAGUGGUCCAAAAAUUAACUGUACUUAAUGCUGAAGAUUUUUUGUAAUUACUGUCUGCCUGUCACUAACAAUAAACGUAUUUAAAACAA